CUCUUUUUGCGAAAUACAAUCAAGGAAAUUAUACUCGUUUGUUUAAUUGUUUAAUAAACUUAAUGAAAUGCGCGCGCAGCAUCAUACACCUGCAUGGCUCCCAUCAGGAUCUCGUAAGCGUCUGUAAGCGAGUCGUAUAAUGCUACAGGCAAACGAUAGAAAGUUUCAUCAUUAGUCUCUGCGUUCCACAAGAAGAAUGGAUUCUCUCUGUCGCAUUUAGGUCUCGAUUUAUCACAACAUAUUUCAAUACUCCGUGCAAGCAAUCCCGCAACACGGCAAUCGCCAGCGGCGCGUCUCCGCAAGAGGGCGCGCGUCGCGCAACGCCUUUAACGGAACGGAUUCCGGAUUCAUGUUCCGCGUCGACAGUCGUCGGAAGGUGAAAAGAACGCGGCUCGGUACACUGUUGAAGAACUUUGUGCGUCGCCAUUUUCAGGAUCGUCGACGGCGUUGUUUGGCGAUCGCCAAACAGGCGUGAAGGCGGUUCUUCAGGGAGUUCUUCACACAGCUGCUUCUCGCUCUCGCUGCCAAUCGUCCGUACCGGGAAACGAAAAUUUCAAGAAAAAUGACUGCUGACUCCGAUAAAGAUUGCACACAUUGCUUAGUGUGCAAUAGCAAGGUCGGAGUAUCUACCAGAAAUAGUGUACGUAUUUUCAACGAUUCCAUCGUAACUACAUCCGAAAAGCCCCUUGCAGACAUCAUAGCAGCUGUUCUCGAAAUAGACGUCAAUGAGGAAUGUGUCCAUUCUCUCGUUAUUUGUAAAAAAUGCUUCAAAUUAUUCAACGAGGUGGAUGAAAUCGAGAACAGAUUAGCGGAACUGAAGCUGGAGCUAUUUAACAACUACAGAAGCACAGUGAAAAAACUGACCGACAUGUUUCAGAACGAAGAAGAAUAUAAUGAUCACGAUUAUACAGAGAAUGCAGAAAGUCAAAGCACAAUAGUAGAAGAUGCGGAAGAUGACAAGAAGCUGGAAGAGAGUAAGCAAGAAGAGGAGGAGGAACUGCUCAUAGAAUCGGAAGAGGUAUUGCUCAGAGUCGACGAGCUGAGCGAGUUGAGUAACGCCGAUAAAAAGCCGAAGAAGAGCAAAGUUAAGGUCGAACCUUCUCCAGAAUAUAAAGUUGUACUUAGGGACGAAUCUACAUACAGUUGCUUGUUGUGUCCAGACGACGAAACGAAAGUCACGGGCGAUGCUAAGACCAUUAUAGCACACAUGAAAAGCGUGCACGAUGCCCGUCUGUACAUCUGCGACGUGUGUGGACAGGAUUUCAGAAAGCGAAACGAACUGUCCUCGCACCUCGACGAUCACGUCGCGAAAGAGGAGGGGGACUUCCAGUGCGAGAUAUGUAAUCGUAUAUUUGGCAAUCUGCGACUGUUCCGAAUUCACAAAAGAAUACAUUAUCCGCAGGUGAAGUCGUGGUCUUGCGAAACGUGCGGCAAGAAAUACAGUUCCAAGAAUUUAUUAGAGGGACACACCAACACGCACACAGGCGUUCGCCCGUACGUGUGCGAGAUCUGCGGCAAAAAUUUCACGUCCAAGUACACGUACAAGGCGCACGUGAAGACACACGAGGUGCGACCACGAUUGUUUGAAUGCACUCAGUGCAACAAGACAUUCCUGAGACAACAAAAUCUGAAUCAGCACGAGCGAACGCAUGGCCUGAGGGAAUACGUGUGCCACCAGUGUGGCAAAACUUUCGGUUCGUUACACAAUUUGGAGGCUCAUAAUAUAGUGCACACCGGAUACAAGCCCUAUAUAUGCAAAAUAUGUGGUAAGGCAUUCGCGCGCAAAGCGGAAAUACGCGAUCACGAGCGAAUUCACACAGGUGAGAAACCGUAUCAGUGCGAAUUCUGUGGAGCAACAUUUAGCCAAAGAUCGAAUCUGCAGUCGCACAAGCGAGCUACACAUUAUAACGACAAACGUUACAAGUGUGACGAGUGUGGGAAGUGUUUCAAGAGAAGGAGACUACUCGAUUAUCACAUAAAGGCUGCGCAUACUGGUGAAAGACCGUACAAAUGCAAGGAAUGCACAGCUACGUUCGUCUAUCCCGAGCAUUUCAAGAAGCACGGGCGUAUACAUACAGGCGAGAAACCAUACAAAUGCGAGGUCUGCGAUAAGGCAUUUAACAGUAGAGACAACAGGAACGCGCAUAGAUUUAUACACAGCGACAAGAAGCCGUAUGAAUGUUUGGUAUGCGGUAUGGGCUUUAUGAGAAAACCGUUGCUUUACGCGCAUAUGCAGACUCAGGGCCACUUGAAUGACACUAUAAUAGUGAAUCAGCCGCGAUUGACAACGGAGGAAGAUCACAUAAUAACGAUUCCCAAUAAUGACAGCAACUUACUCAUACCGGAGGAAACCGGUAAUGAACAGCUGGACGAAACUGGACUGUACGUGACCGAGGAUCACGUAAUUAUACAACAGGAGGGCGAAGAUCAGAUAUAUAACGAGGAAGACGUCGUGCUGAAUAUACCCGCGGAAGAAGCUGUGGGCGGCGAGGUGGAUCUCGUUGUCGAGGAUCAGAUAAAUUUCGCAGAGAACGAGGUCGCAGAGUGCAAGACCGAAGUUAUGGACGAAGUGGAAACGGUGUAUACUUAUAACGAGACUGAGGAAGAGGAGAAGAUGAUAGUUGUGCCGACCACGUCCGAGUACAAAGAGAUAGUACAGGACAAGGGCGUACGAUUAGUGCAGAUCAGAUUUCCUGCGACUGUUGAUGGAGAGGGCAGAAGCUGGUUGAGCUUAGUACAAAAUACUUGAAUUUCUUAAGCUAACAGUAUAUGUAAUUUACUAAAAUGUUCCGUGGUUCAUCUCACGGAUAAUCUACAUUACAGAAAGUUGCCAUGUUUUCAUUUUCCAAUGGAUUCUCUAAUACUCUGAUAAUAAAUUUAAAAUAAUGAAUA